AACUCCGUAGUUUGCUGAGUUUCCAUUUCCAUAGCAAAAGCUUUCUUUGAAAUUGAAACAAAAACAGAGAGAGACAGAGAGAGAUAUUCGAAUCUCCACGGCCAUCCACAAUCAGAUAACCGAAUACGUUUAGUUUAAUUCGAUAUUGGGAAUUGAAAAUGGCGUUGGGAAAGAAGAGCGGUUGUUUAAAAUCGAAAAGCGUCGUCUCUGCUGCCGAUAAUGGACUGGAUUUCGGAAUUGUGAGAUAUACGCGUGGUUUAGGAAGGAAGAGGAUUGUUAUUUCUUGCAAUGAGGAUGAUUCGUCCAUCUACUUGACGCCGAAGGCAUCGUCGAAGAGGCCCUGCAGCGCCGUCAGGACGACGGUGGACAUCGAUAAGUCUCUGCUCGAGACCCUACCUCAGGAGAUUCUGAUUAGGAUACUCUGCGGUGUAGACCAUGAUGAUUUGAAACAGCUAAUCCGCAUUUCGAAAACAAUUAGCGAAGCGACUUUGAUUGCAAAAGAAUGGCAUUUCGCCUACAGCACUCCCUCAAAGGUCCGUGCAUUUCGCAGCGCCUUUGAGUUCGAUAACUCCAGCGAUCUUGACGAGAUUGAAGCCCCAAAUGCUCCAACCACUAAACGAUUUAGGUCAUUAAACAGGAAGAAGCUCGCGGACAUUUCCGUGGCCUUAUUCGCAUAAGAAGAACAAUGGCCAAAGAAAAAGUUGCCCAUUGAGACAGAUAUGAAUUAACCCAAAGGGCUCUGUAAAUACAUCUGUAUAUCUAAUGCUGUUGUAGAAAUUACGCGAUGCUGGUAGGAAGAAACUGAUCUGAAAUCUCAGAUCCUGCUUGUGAAGCUGUACAUGUCAGGACCUUUUCACUGAUCAAUUCUUCAAAUCUUUCAUUGAAGAUGAAGAUGGUGGGCGGGUUAGAAAAAGAAUGCAUUUCAUUUGUUUUUUUUUUUUCAUACAUGUAUUACAGAGACAAAAACUGAUGGUAGGUAUAAGGUUCUAGGAAAUUCAUUUACAAGGGUAGGGUAGCAUUUUGGUUUAGUCCCUUCUAAAUUCUGAUAGCUGUGAUGAACACUACAUUGUACUAUUGCACUCACUCAUUCAUUCGCUGUCGAAUAAAAACAAAUCAUAUUUUUUCCUCGUA